GCCCUUCAGAACGUCACGGUCGGCGACGUCAUCUCAGCCAUGGGAUCUGAAGCCCAUAGUCACGAAGCACUGUCGCGGCAGACGCAUCUGGCAAUCCUGAUCAACGGACGAUGGCAGCCAGAAGAGCAGCCAGUCGACUGGUGCGACAGCAUGCUCGAAGACACGUGCGAGGCCUUGGAGAGCAGAGACCACUCGAUUCGCGACUCCGAACAGGCGGACUUCGAGGACGGGUUCGACGACUGGGACUGGGUCGACAGUGAGAUGCAGCGCGAAGCCGAGGAAGAUGCGCGUGAGAGAGUACAGUGGAGCAAAGAAAUGGAAAUCCAGAAUGAAUACCGCCAGCGUCUCGCCAACAUGACGGUGAAGUACCUGAACAUGCAAGGUAGCGAAAUCCACACCUCGAAGCCUUAUCCACUCUGCCAUGUCGAACCGUGCGAGUCUUUCCGGGAAGCCUGGCUGCACACUUUGCACGAAGGAAACAGCCCAGAUCGCCGUCUCUCCCUGCGCCAACUACGUCUCAGACGACAAGAAAUUAAGAAGCCUAUCCCGGCGGAAACGCUGCAAUAUCGCAGCGCCAGGGAAGUCUUGCUUCACGAUUUGGACAGCGGUCCUGCAGGACCCAUCCCCCUCGACACCACGAAGCUGGUCUUGGGCGGGGGCGUGAUCACAGACACCUGGAGCUGGCGUGAACUGUUGGGUCACAGCUUGAGCAACGACGUCGUGCACGUGCAAGUUGUCUACAUCUCAGAGAAAGCCACAGGUGCAAAAUCUGAGGAUUCAGGAUUCGUUGCCAUGGCCCCUUGUCAUCGGUGCGGCUUCGGGACAAGGAGCGGCAGAGGACAGGGAUGGUGCAGCAAUCCGCAGUGCCGCCAAGACGAAAAAGAGGAGUGCCUGGCCCAGAAGAGCGCAGAGAAAAUUGCUCGGCAGCAACAACGGGCAGCGCAGGGAGCGGGCAGUCGUGGACCCUUGCGCGAAGAGAACAGCAGAAAGGCAGAGCGCCGACAGCUGCGUGAGGAAAGGGCGCGGGCAAAGGCAGAGGAGGAAGCAGGCGGCCGUGGACCUUUGCGUGAAGAAGACAGCAAAGAAGCAGAGCGCCGACAGCUGCGUGAGGCAAGGGCGCGGGCAAAGUCAGAGGAGGAAGCGGGCGGCCGUGGACCUUUGCGGGAAGAAGACAGCAAAGAAGCAGAGCGCCGACAGCUGCAUGAGGCAAGGGCGCGGGCAAAGGCAGAGGAGGAAGCGGGCGGCCGUGGACCUUUGCGGGAAGAAGACGGCAAAGGGGAAGAGCGCCGACAGCUGCGUGAGGCAAGGGCACGGGCAAAGGCAGAGGAGGAAGCGGGCGGCCGUGGACCUUUGCGGGAAGAAGACAGCAAAGAAGCAGAGCGCCGACAGCUGCGUGAGGCAAGGGAGCGGGCAAAGGCAGAGGAGGAAGCGGGCGGCCGUGGACCUUUGCGGGAAGAAGACGGCAAAAGGGAAGAGCGCCGACAGCUGCGUGAGGCAAGGGCGCGGGCAAAGUCAGAGGAGGAAGCGGGCGGCCGUGGACCUUUGCGGGAAGAAGACAGCAAAGAAGCAGAGCGCCGCCAGCUGCGUGAGGCAAGGGAGCGGGCAAAGGCAGAGGAGGGAGUGGGCGGCCGAGGGCCCAG